AUGGGUGAAGGCAACUGCCAGCCUGUUGAAGCUGCCUGUCUCGUCCUGGGUUGUAUGAUUUUUCCUGAUGGCUGGGAUUCAGAUGAGGUAAAACGGAUGUGUGGUGAAAAGACAGACAAGUACACGCUGGGGGCUUGUUCAGUCCGCUGGGCAUAUAUCCUGGCAAUUAUUGGAAUCUUGGAUGCCCUGAUCCUCUCAUUUCUGGCAUUUGUGCUUGGCAACAGACAAGACAGCUUGCUAGCAGAGGAGCUCAAGUUGGAAAACAAAGGACCACAUGGCAGCGAGUUCCUGAAGCUCACUACUGACUGCUAA